AUGCUGAGGCAAGCCGGCGCUGCGCUGCGCUGCACUCACACACACACACACACACACACACACACACACACACACACACACACACUCUCUCUCUCUCUCCCACACACACACACUUUUUCACACUCCUGAGCUGCUUAGCAGGCAGGAAAAAGGCUUGACUGUUACUGCAGGACAUGAGGACACUGAGGAGAAGAAUCUUAAGAAGAACAGCCUCAAAGCAACAGUUCUCACAAAACAGGGCAAUCUAGAGGUUGCAGCAAGGGCAGGCACAAGGGCAAAGUGUAGCCCCCCUCCCUCUCCUUCUCGUUUCUUUUUUGGAUGUCCUCCCGACGCCCCCAUGAGAGCAGGUGGGAACAGAGGCGCGUUCCGGGGUACGACAUGGCAAGACGAGCGGGGGGCGACGCCUCCCCGAAAAAGAAGGCAUCAUUCAACCUGGUGACCGGCUUCUACCGCUUCCUCCGCGAUGAGCAGGAGGCUGUGCAGAAACGGACGUUCACCAAAUGGAUCAAUUCCCACUUGGCAAAGCGUGUCCCGCCUCUGGUUGUGAGCGAUCUGUUUGAGGAUAUCAAGGAUGGCGUCAAGCUGCUUGCCCUGCUGGAAGUCCUCUCUGGACAAAAACUGCCAUGUGAGCGGGGCAAGAAGCUAAAGAGGAUCCACUGGCUUGCAAACAUCGGCACUGCUCUCAACUUCCUCGAGGGGAGGAAGUCUGCCUACAGGGGAUCACCGAUCAAGCUGGUGAACAUCAACUCGACAGAUAUCGUUGAUGGUCGACCGUCAAUUGUUUUGGGCCUGGUGUGGACCAUCAUCCUCUACUUCCAGAUUGAGGAGCUAACUUGUAGUCUACCAGCAAUCCAGGCCUCGCCCAGUAGCUCCUCGUCACUGGACGGCUCCGCCAGCAGCAACGAGAACACAAGCCCGCCUCUCAAGAAGAAACCCCUCCCACUCCUGCAAGGUGGUGCCAGGAAGGCCCUGCUCAGAUGGGUCCAACAGACGGCCACUAAACAUCUGGGAAUCGAGGUGAAAGACUUCGGCCCUAGCUGGCGUACAGGUUUAGCCUUCUUUGCCGUCCUCAAUGCCCUCCGGCCCAAUCUGGUGGACAUGGAGCGAGUAAGGAGACGACCCAACCGAGAAAAUCUGCAGGAGGCCUUCUUAAUAGCAGAGACACAGUUAGGCAUAGCGCAGCUCCUCGACCCUGAGGACGUGGACGUGGACAAGCCAGACGAGAAAUCCAUCAUGACGUACGUGGCCCAGUUCCUAAAGCAUCAUCCUGAGCGAGAGCAGUGUGCCUCUGAUGGACAAGCAGCGGCAGACGAAGAAGAAAAGGAGGCGUCUGUCACGCAGCAUGGCCUCGCUCCGCGCGAUAUAGAGGAAAUGUUGGAGCGAGAGCAGAGAAAAAGCCUGAGGGAGUUGAAAAUGUGGCUGGACCAGCUGGAGACAGAUGCACUACACGCCCAGGAGACCGAGGGCAAUCUCGCUCAGCAGUACCAGUUGUUCAAGAACCUGCGUGUCCAGCUGGAGAUGAGGAGGAUGCAAGUGGAGGAUUCCUUAAAGUCCACGCAGAAGGACGGGAUGCUGACAGUGGAUCAGGCUCUGGUUAAGCAAGCUUGGGAAAGGCUCUCAAACAGGCUGCUGGACUGGCAUCUGCUGCUGGACACAUCCCUUCCUGCUCCUCUGGAUGCGCUGGGGGCAUGGCUGCAUCACACCGAAGGAGCUCUGCGGCAAGAGGCCACCACCCAACAAGAGAAAGAUGAGGCAGCCAUCCACAGCUCUUUGGAACGACACAAGGACGUCUUGAAGAGCCUUGAAGAGCACCAGCGGGUCUUCCAGAGGAUCCAUAAGGACAGAAGUAUCGAUGGCGUCCCUGUCCCCCCAGAACAGCUCCAAGACAUGGCUGAGAGGUUGAACUUUAUGUCCACAUCUUGUAGCAUCCAUCAGGCCAAGAUGGAAUUCCUGGAGACCAAACACCACAUGCAGGCUUUUCUCACUGCGGCUGAGACUAAGCUCAAGUCCUGGAUCAUUAAAUACGGCACACAAGAAUCUGUUGAACUGAUGCUCCACGAUUACAUUGUUUUUGUGGAGAAGCGAUAUUUCUUUGAAAAUUACAAGACGACGUUCCAGUCCCUGAAAUGUGCUGCUGAGGUUUACACCAGCGCUCUCCGCUCAGCAGACGAGGCAGAGAUGGGUGAGAGGUGGGUGUCCCGGUUCGUGCAGGAUGUGGCGGCCCAGUGGAGGAGCCUGUCCAUGGAAGUGCGCAGCGUGAGGAGCAUGCUGGAGGAGGUGCUUUCCAACUGGGACAGGUACGCAUCCACGGUGGCCUCUUUCCAAGCCUGGCUGGAGGACGCGGAGGAAGCCCUGACCCAGCCAGAAAGCACAAAGCAGGAGUUCUUCCGGAAUCUAAGCUACUGGAUGGAUCAGCACGCCGCCAUGAACGACGCUGGAAGUUUUCUCAUCGAAACGUGCGACGAGGCCGUGUCGUUUGAUUUAAAGCAGCAGCUGCUUCUCUUGAACGGACGAUGGAGAGAGCUCUUUCUUAAAGUCAAACAGCACACCCGAGCUAAUGAGUUGGAAAAGUGGAGGAAAGACCACAUGAAGACGAUGUCGUCUUUAAAAGAACUUUUGGACACGGCGGAGGCAAAGCUCAGUGCUCCUGUCCACGUGUCUUUCCUCAGUGUUAGAGCCUUUCUGCAGGAUGUAGAGAAUACCAAGCAAAAGGUUGUUUCCAUGGAGACUCAAUACAAGCUAGCCGGCCGCAGCGCUCAGCUCCUCGCAAAGGAUGCGCCGCACGACGAGGCCACCCGGGUCAUCGCAGCCAUGACAACCGCUAAGAGUCAGUUGAGUCGGGUGAGGGAGCGGUGUCCCAGCCUUGUGAGGGAAUGCCAUGCCCUUCUGCCAUUGUUGGAGGAGAUGGAAAAACACAUCACUGCCUUUUACCAAGCGCUGGAGCGUGCCAGUCACAUUACUGCCACGGCCAGAGAUGCGCACACACAGAGCCCAACCAUGCACAGACACGAGUGGCAGGAUUUGUUAAACCAGCAGCAGAGCUGUAAGCGAUGUCUGUCGGUCGUCGAGAGGAACCUCCACGCGGUGCAGAGGGCGCUCUCCACCAGCAAGGCGCUCCAACACUUUGACACGAGCCUGCUGCAGAAGACAGUUGCUGACGUGCAAGGCUCAGCGCAGGCUCUGCUUAAGGAGGUCGGGGAUUGGAGAAGGCAGGAAGAGGCCAACAGCUCUCUCAGGAGGAGGUUCGAGGAGUCCCGACAAGAUCUGGAGAGAGUGCUGAAGAAAGCCCAGGAGUGUUUGGGAGAGAGUGGAGACGCUGAGGAAUUACUCAAGAAGCACACAGAUUUUUUCAGCCAACUGGACCAGCGCGUGCUGAGCGUAUUCCUGAAGGCAUGUGACGAGUUGACCGACAUCCUACCAGAAGAAGAGCAACAGGGGCUCCAAGAGACAGUCCGCAGGCUACACAAGCACUGGAAGGACAUCCAGGGUGAGGUACCAUCUCACCUGCUCCGUCUCAACGUGGAGGUGGAGCAGAGUCGAGUAGAUAUCGUGCUGCAAGACUGCAGAGCUGAACUGCACCGAGAAAUCCACGCCCUGUCGCACACCUCCACCAGUGAGCAUGUGAUGGAAGAGCAUAGGACGUUCUUCAGGGAACGCAAACCUCUGACAUUGUGCGAGAAGAGGAUUAGGAACAUGGAGGAUCUGUGUCAUAAAUUGCCCGACAACGACCCGGCUUACGAGAGGCUAGACUCCACCAGGAGGUCUGUGGACGAGGUUACAGAGCAGAUGAAGAGCACCAGCCUGCAGCUGGAACAGCAUCCUGAUAAGUGGAAGGAAUGGAAUGACAGAUUUUGUGAGCUCUCAGACUGGCUCUCAUCUCAGCGGAGGCUCCUCAAGGAGACGGCAAGAAAUUCCACACAUAAGGAGCAAGUUGAAGCUGCCGUGCAGGUGCUGCGAGAAGCAGGAGAAGCUCGAGAAGAGAGCCUCCUCUGGCUUGAGAGUCGUCUUUCUGUCUUGACUGACGUUAGCUCUGAACUGGAGAUACAGAGACAGCAAACAGCCCUCAGCAAACUUUCAGCUGACUUCCGGGACCUUUUUUCGUCACUGUGCCAGGGUGGUGGAGAGGGCUCAAGUGUGUUCCAGUUUGAGGAGCUCAGGGAGGAGGUGCGUGGCGCUUUGAAGGAGGUACUGAGAGCCGGAAAGGAAGCCGGAGAGCAGAUCAGCAGGAUCCUGGAUGCUGAGGACCUGAGGGAAGCCCAGGACCUAUUCCUUAUUCACCAGCAACGCCUAAAACAGCUGCAGGCUCUCAGGAGGGAGGCGGAGCUUCUCGUGUCCCACUCGCACCAGUUGCAGACAGGAGAGGCGCUGAGUCGAUCUGUGCACGAGCUGGAAGAACGUGUCAGAGAAGUUGACCACCAGUUCAGCGCGAAGGAGCAAAACCUGCAGGCCACUCUGGACUCCUGGCAGAGCUUUGAAACCGAGCGAGAAACAGUGUGGAGUUUUAUUAGGGAGACAAACACUGAGAUGCGCAAAGAACUUCUAUUCAACAGCCUGGACAGCCUGAGAAGAGAAAUGGAGCUCAACAAGGAGCUUUUCCUGAAGGUCGAGGACUGCAGCGUGCGAGCAGACGUCCUCCUGGAGGAUGCAGUGGAUCUUCAGCUCAGUCCAAAGAAUCAAAGUCUGGUUCUGCAGCAGGCCCAGGUGGCCAGAGAAGCCGUCAAGGAGCUCCAAGACCACCUCAGCAAAAAUGUUGAACGUCUAGAAAGGGUGUGCUCAUCGUGGGAGCGCUUCAGUGUUGAAUCAAUGAAGUUCUCCUCAUGGAUCAUUGAAAAUCAGGGGGCGCUGGAGGCCAUCAAGAUCACCUCACCCUCGGUUGAUCAUUUGGACCGACACAUCAGCACGGUAGAAAGAGUGGCAGAAGGUUUAGAGGAGCGGCGAGCCGCUCUGGUCUACAUGGAGGAGGACUGCGAGGCCCUGUCCAGGUUUGUGACCCCUGGAGAAAGCGGCUGUAUCCGCGCAAACCUCACGCAGUUGAGGCACUCCUGGGAGGAGCUGAUGGAGAAUGCAGAGCAGUUGGCAGGGCAGCUCAAGCAGAGCGCCUCCUACAGGAAGAGAUGCAAUGAUAACCUUGAGCAGGUCAAGGAAACAAUGAAGCAUCUUCAAGACAAGCUUGACUCUCCGGCUACAUUUUGCUCUUCAUCAGCUGAGACUCACAAGAACUUGCAGAGUCACAUGGAUGUGUCCCAGGCUGUGGAGCAACUGAAGCCCAGACUAAUGGCACUGUGUUCAGCUGUGAGGAGGCUAGGAGAGGGUACCACAGUGGAGCAAGAGGUGGUCCAUCUCCAGAAGGUGCAGGGAGAGUUUCUGGCAAGGGCCACAGAGAAACAAUCUACAUUAGAGAGCCUUCUCGCACUGUGGCAAAGAUUUGAAAAGGAGAACAACUCACUGAAAAGCUGGCUAGACCGCGGCGAGUCUAUUUGCUGUCCUGCCAAUGAAUUACUCUCUGCAGACAAGAUGAAGAUAAAGAUGGAGCUCCAGCAUGUGCAGGAAAUGGCGAGUGAGAUGCCCUCCAAUGACGCCCUCCUUGAGGGUCUGUUAAAUCUCGCGCUAUGUCUCUGUCCGUCUGCCCCUGAAGCUCGAGUGCAAGAGCUCAGUGAUGAUCUCUCACAACUGCAGAGGCGAUACAUUUCACUGAAGAACGACAUGACACACAGAUGCAAGCUGCUGGAGUCUCAGUUGUCCCAGCUUGAGCUUUUUGAUGAGGCACUUCUGACAUUGAACCAAAAGAGUGAAGGCUUCCUUUUGGACCUGAGAAGCUCUUUCCAGGUGGAUAUUACUGAUCUCAAUGGCGCCUUCACAAAACUCAUGGAGCAUGCAUCUGAGUUAAAGGAUCAUGCAUCACUUAGAGAGGCUCUGCAGCAAAGAGAAUCCUCCCUGCUUCACUGCUCUACCACCGAGGCCCAGCAGCAGCUCCAGGCCCGGAGAGAGGAUUGCCUCCAACCUCUCAGUGAAGCUGAACGUCUGCUGCACCUGCGAAAAACGUGUCUGAAUGAGUUAGAGUCCUUCCUGGAGAAGAACAAAGCAGCAGCCCAGGAUGUCGACUGGAUUCACGAAGCCCUGCAGAGUAGGGGAAGCUGGUGUCGAUCAAAAACUGAAGAGCUCCAUCAGCAUACAGGGAAAGUUGCAAAAGAUGUGUCCCAGCUUGAGGGUGAGGCAGUGGGGUUGGAUGGGCUGCUGAACAAGGCCCACCUUCACUUGUGUGCCUCAGAGGGGUAUGACCCAGCAGGAACAACCAAGGGAAGAACCUCUUGCAGUGGGCUAGCUGUGGCCCUCGUCUCAUCCCUGGAGGAAGCCCAGAGGGGUUUGGGAUGGAGGCAGAGUGAAGCAGACGCCCUCGGUGCCAUGUGGAGCUCCUUCACGGGAAAGAAAGCAGAGGUGAUGACAAAUUUGGAGAAAAUAGAGGAGGACACAAGGCAAGAGGUGGUCAGUGAGUGCUCAGUGCAAGCAUUUCAAAACAGGCUGCGCUCCUUGGCCCAGCUGGAGGAUGAGCUCCAUUCCUUCCAACAGUCCCAGCAGUGGAUAGAGGAGAAGGGAAGCCAGCUUGCCCAGAGAGACACUGAGCUGGCAGGGGAGGCUCUGAAGGAAGUUAAACUGGUGAAGGCGGCCUGGGACAAUGUCAGGUCUCUCAUUACCAGCAGUCAGAAACAAAGUACAGUGGUACUAGAUCUUCUUCGCCAUUACCAUCAGCUGAGGUCUAUCCUCUGCGCCACGGUAGAGAAGGCACAGGCGCUCGCUCGCAACCUGCCCGAUCACAACCACAGCGCUCAGGAGGCCAGGAGCUCCUUGACACGGCAUGAGAAGAUGCAAGGUGAGCUGAGAGAAAAGCAGGAGGACAUGGACCAGCUCAUCAGCACGGUGGAGGAUCUGCAGAGAGAAGUGGAUGACAUUCCCAACUGUGACAUGUGCGUCAUCCAGAGAGAAAUGGAGACGUUAAGGGCACAGUGGCUGGGGGUGUCGGAGAGAAUUCAAACUAAUACGGAAAGAUUGAGCUACUGCAUGACCCUUUGGGAUGACCUGAAGCUCAUGGAGCAGGACAUCUCCCAAUGGACUAUCACCUCCAUUGCUGAACUCAGUGUCACCAAUCUGAAUGACAAGGAGACAGAAACCCGCCUUAUCAUCUUUCAGGCUGAUAUGGAGAAAAGGGAGCACUCGCUGGACGCUCUGCAGGAGCGAGUGGAAGACCUGAAGGACCAAGCCGAACUGGAGGAAACUCCAUUACAAAUGCAGGUCCUGGAGUCGGACUUGAGGAAGAAGUUGGUCCACGUGCAGGAGAUGCACAACCAAGCCAAACACAGCCUGACCUACUUCACUUUCCAGAAGCAGCGACUCGAGGACCUCAUGUCCCUGAUGGCUGAGCGGCUGGACAGGAUCGAAGGUUCCUUGUCGGGCGUCACUGAGAGCGCCUCCCCUGAAGCGAUUGGUGCCAUUAAGGGUCUGCAGGAUGUUGUGGAGGAACAGAGGGCAGACAUGGACUCUGCCAGAGAGGCUAUGAGCGCCCUGUGCACGUCUCAUCCCUUUCAGGAGCUCUCUUGCCUCUCUGCCGACCUCACCGCCAUAGCCAAGCGAACCGAGGUGGUUGUCCAGCGUUAUGCCAAGGCCAGGGGCAGCCUGCAGGAUGUGCUGCAGCUCCACUUCAACCAGCUUUUCCAAGAAUUUCACUCCUGGCUCUCUGGAUUGAAGUUGGAGUUGAAAGAAUGUUCAAAUCAGUCUGGAGACGUUGCCACGCUCGCAGCAAACUUGCAAAGACUGAAGUCGUUAACAGAGCGAGUGUCAGAGGGUGAGGAGCGUCUCUCUCAGGUUUGUGAGGAGGCUGAGAAGCUCCACCUCCACCUGCCAAAAGCAGCACAAACACAGCUCCGAGAGCAUCUUGCCUCUUGCCAGAGAGACUGGAGAAGCUUCCUGGAUGGCUCUUCUCAGAGCCAACAAGACCUGGAGGAGAGUAUUCGGCUCCUGAAAAGUUUUGACGACACUGUCGAAAGUGUCAAAGAAUGGCUUAAGCAGAUGGAGCUCACCCUCAACAGGGAGUCUCUUAUUGGGGAAGAUGGCCAACAAGGUGGUCCUGACACCAGAGAGGAACUUGAGAGGGUGGAAAACCUGCAUAAGGAGCUUUUAGCAAGACGGGACUCAAUUGAUCGUGUGGUCCGGGAGGCCCAGUCCUUGUCUGAAGUAGGACGUGGCUCCGGUGGAGAGGUUCAAGUGGCGGGCCGGCUCCAGAUGGAGCACCAAGCCCUGCUCAAAGCUGCCAGGGAGAGGCUGCGAGGCUGUCAAGAGAACCAAGCCUUUGGGGAGACCCUGCAAGCGGUGUGGGCCUGGUUAGAGGAGAUCCAGGAGAAGCUGGGUACAGUUGAUAGCACCAUGGGGACCAAAGAGCAGUUGGAGCAGAGGCUGGAGACUGUACAGGAUAUCCUGCUUUUGAAGGGGGAGGGAGAGGUCAAACUGAAUAUGGCAAUAGGUAAGGGCGAGAUGGCUCUGCGCAGCUACGCAGCCACUGGACAGGAAGUGGUGCGCUCUCAGCUCCAGGAGGUGGAGGAUGCUUGGGCCACGCUGCUUGUGACCGCCAUGAGCUGCCACAGCCGUCUCGAGUGGACCGUCUCACAGUGGAGUGGUUACCUGGAAAAUGCGGCCCAGCUCCGUGGCUGGAUGGAGGCUGUGGAGCGGGAGGUAUGCGCAUCCCUCACCCCUCAACCGGGACCCAGAGAAAAGGCCUCGCAGCUGGAGAGGCUCCGAUCCCUGAUGGCCGACCUGGAGGACCACCAAAUGGCUUUAUCCAGUCUGGAGGAAAAAGCCAGAGAACUCUUCAAGAAGACCGGGCACGCCAGUUUUAACCAUGGUGCUCGAACGCAGCUGCAGGUGCACUUUGACCAGCUGGCAGCUUUGGUGGAGGAGCGGGUUCAUCGAGCGCAGAGCGUGGUGCUGGAACACCAGGAAUACUUGGAGGCUAUCCGGGAGCUCACUGAUUGGCUGAUGACCGCAGGAGAGGAGCUUCAGCAGUGGUCGGACACAUCUGGAGACUCCGCCGCCGUCAUGAAAAAACUACUUGAAGUGAGGGAGCGUGUGGAGUGUGAACUACUGGAGGGCCGGGAGCGCCUCAGCCGCGUGCGUAGGACGGCGGCGUCCGCAGCAGAGCACACAGCCGCAGGAGGCUGCGAGGCCAUGGACCGACAGCUGGGGGCGCUGGCGCAGGCGCUAGAGCAAUGGGAGGGCGCCGCUCUGAGGUCCCGGGAUGGGCUGGAGGCCGCCCUUGCCUCUGCUGCCGCCUCUGAGGAGGAAUACGAGUGUCUAACCUGUCGACUGGACGACGAUUUGAAAGCGCUGGAUGGAUGGCUGAGGGGGUGGAGCCAGGAGCUGAUUAGAGCUGAGGGGCGGUGCAAUGGCGAGGAAGCGGUGGCGGGAUGGCAGCUGGCCAAGGACAUACUGGAAGGCUUGCAGAGCGCCGAGCCCAUGGCAGAGAAGUUGAAAGGGCAACUGAACGAGCUGGUGCGUUACUCCAGAGACUUGGGCUCCCAGUCUGACCGAGUCACCGCUCUUAUCAAGCAACACAACAGCCUCAGUCUCCGUGCAUCCAGGGAGUGCCAAAACAAGGAGCGCCUCCUGGAGCAGCGAUUCCGGGCCGCCCUCAGAGACUUCCAGCAGUGGUUGGUCAACGCCAAAAUCUGCACCGCCAAAUGUUUCGACGUGCCACAGAGCGUGGCAGAGGCCUCCACCGCUCUGCAAAGAAUUCAGGAGUUCUUGAGUGACAGGGAGCACGGCCAGGCCAGACUGAGUACAGUAGGGGCCAGCGGGGAGCUGCUGAUGGCGGUGGUGUCCAAAGACAGAGUGGAGGGGAUCAAGGCCAAAGUGGCGACCGCGAGGGAGGACUGGAAGAGCCUGAUGAACAACCUGCAGUUGAGGGAGGAUGCGCUCAAGAGCCUGUAUUGUCAGAUGAGAGAGUUUGAAGCCAGCGCACAACCUCUGCAGGUGUGGCUCAACAGCGCCGAGGUCAAAGUUCAGGAAAGCAGUGCUCGGCUGCACGACCUCUCGGCCAAGAAACAAGAGCUCAGCAAACUACAGAAUGUUCUGGAGGAGAUGUCCAGUCGCGACGCAGAACUGGGCCAUCUCAGAGAGAGAGCUCAUCGUCUCUGGGAGGGACAGGCUGCGGGAAAGGGCUUCGUCCAUCGAGUGUCGCAGCUGUCGGCGCAGUACUUGGCCCUCGGCAACUUGACCAAGGACAAGGCCUCCAGGGUUGAGCGUAUCGUAGGGGAACACCGCCUCUUCUCUCAGGGUCUCGUAGAGCUCCAGGAAUGGGCGUGCAAAGCUCAGAGGGUCCUCGGCACCUGCAUCUCCGCCACCUCUGAUAAAGCUGUGCUGGAGGACCGCAUGUUACAGCUGGAGGCCUUGCUCACUGCACGUCAGGAGCGGGAGAUCCAACUGAAGAUGUUGCUUACCAGGGGAGAAGCAGUCCAGAGAAAUACGUCGGCCGAGGGUGUCCCAGUGAUCCGCAAACAGAUCCAGGACCUCAAGGACUCCUGGGACUCCUUGCUUUCUGCCUCCAUCAAGUGCAAGAGCCAACUGGAGGGUGCCUUGUCACAAUGGACCAGCUAUCAGGAAGAUGUCGGUCACUUUGUGCUCUGGAUGGACCGCGUUGAGGAAACACUGAGCUGCUCGGACAGACACUACUCAGAGAUGAGAGACAAGACUGCCAACCUGGGGAAGACUAAGCUUCUGUACGAGGAAGUGCUGAGUCACAGCUGUCCUCUGGAGACCAUAGCAACAAAGGGGGCCGACAUGGCAGAACACGGCACGACCCAGCAGGAAGUGAAGCAGCUACAGAACAGAUACACCACCCUCAAAGAAAAGGCCAAGAACGCCGUCAGCAAGGCUAAAGGGCUGGUGCUGAUCCACCAGGACUAUCAGCGAGGGCUGCAUGUGUUUGAAGAUUGGUUGGAGCAAGAACAGGCCGCUCUGGCAUCAUUAUCCCAUCUGGAGGGAAACGUGGAUACACUUGAGGAAACGCUGAAGCAGCUCCAGCUUCUCCAGGAGCACUGCUCAGACGGCCAGUCGCUGCUGUCGUCAGUGCUGACCAGCAGAGAGAGGGUCAUCCCAUGGGGUGUACCCCAGAUAGAGGACAGAACCCUUGACACUGCACAAUGUGAAUGGGUGGCCUACCGGGACCGUUUGGGGGAGACCCAGACCCAGCUGAAGUCCACCCUGGCCAGAUUGAAAGCAAUGGACCAGAAGUUCCUUACUUUAGCCCAGUGGCUCGAGGAGAUGGAAAAAGGGGCUAACUUGAGACCUCAUCGGAGGUCAGACAGAGGCACCAAAAAGACUCAGCUGUCGAAACUCAAGUCGUGUCUUCAAGCAGUGCUGACACGGCAAGGGGAAGUGGAUGGCCUCACCUCGCUAUCCCAGCAGAUUUUGGAAGAAGCCUACAUCAGUGGUCAUGUUAGCAUCACGACAAUGCAGCUCACCGCCCGCUACCACUCCCUGCUGCUCAGCAUACAGGACUCCAUCAAGCAAUUGCAGGAGGAGCUGAAGAGUAUCGAAGAGGCCGAAAACCUUUGCGUGUCCUUCACGGAUUGGCUCAGCUCGACACAGAAAAGCUUCACGGAAGUAACCGACACGUCUGAACCGCUGGACCGCAACACAAUGGACAAAAAGCUGAAGAGACUAGAGACUCUGCAGACUGGUCUCCAUCACGGUCACAGCUUCCUAAAGUCCCUGAGGGAGACGGCCGAGCGGGCAGCAAGCUUCCUGAACGAGGCCGGAGCAGAGAGCUUAGGAGGGGAGGUGGAAGCCCGUCUUUCCCAGCUGGAGGAACUCGCGGGCUGGCUCAGGCAGGAACACAGCUUCCUGGAGCGCGCAUCACUGCUGGCGAAGGAGUUCCAGGACCGCUACAAGGCUCAGGCCCAGUGGCUGGUGGAGACGAAGGCUUUGCUCAGCUAUCCAUUGGAGCCCAAGGCUGAACUAUACCAACGGAGGGCACAGCUCGCCAAGUAUAAGGCCCUGCUACAGAUGGUCCAGUCCCAUGAUGGCUCCAUCAGGUCAGUGGUGGAGAAGGGCGACGCUCUGCUGGCAUCUGUCCAUUACCCCUCAGUCAGAGACAAGAUGAACAGGCUGCAAAAGGACUACAGCGACCUGUGUAAUAUGGCCAUGGCCCACAUGGAGCAUCUCGACGGCCAGGUGAAGGAGCAGGAAGUGUACCACAACAAGCUCCAGGAGGCGGAGCGAUGGCUGCUGCAGAUGUCCAGCAAGAUGGUGACCCCUGACCCCAGCGUGAGCCAAAGUCUGGAGGCGGCCACUCAACAGCUGGCAAGGCACAAGGCCAUCAUGGAGGAGAUAGCAGGCUUUGAGGAUCGCUUGGCAGGCUUGAAGCAGCGAGGGGACCACCUGGUGCACGGCUGCGACGAGCGUGUGCAGAGUCGGCUGAGACAGCAGGUCCAGGCUCACCAGCAAGGCACCAGAGACAGCUACUCUGCCAUCUGUAGCACAGCGCAGAGAGUAUAUCAAAGCCUGGACCAUGAGCUCCAGAGACACGUGAAUCUCCAAGACACCCUGCAACAAUGCAAGACUUGGCUGACAUCCGUCUCGGAGCAGCCAGAGCCUCCUGCACAGACCCCUCUCAGCCUGGAGGAGGCGCUACAGCAGGUGAAGCAGGAGCGGGCCCUCCAGGAACAGGCCAGCACUUACCUCCAGCUGGUGUGCUCCUCCUGUGACCUCUCACUCCUAAGAGUGCAGGAGGUGGCUGCCGCUAUCCAGCAGGUCAAACUACAGAUUGAGGAGCGCAUGCUGCUUUGCGAGGAGGUUGCAGACGGCUGGAGGGACGUCGAGGAGCAAAGGGCACAUUUGGAGGUCCGGCUGAGAGAGACGGAGCAGCAACACGAGAACCUCAUCAGAUGUCCUGCGGAGCUUGAGCCCAGAAUUGCACAGAACCAGCUGGACAAAGCGCAGGAGUUCCUCCAGCACGUGAGGGAGAGGCAGUCUGAGGUGAGCCGUCUGAAUGAGACCAUCACUCGAAUGACAGCGGGACAGGACUGUCCCACCCUGGAAGACAUGAGGAAACUGAGGAGGAGCUGGGUAGAAAUGGGCCAGCGUGCGGAGGAGCUAGAAGCGGAGCGAGGGGACGACAUGCAGCGAAGUGGCGAGUACCAGGAGAGUGUGGUCACUGUCGAGGAGCUUUUCCAUCAAGUAUCCAGGGAAUGGGACUACCUCGCCAGGGCUGACACUGAAAGUACAAGUGAACAUCUAGAAGCUCUGAGGAAGUUGUCCAGUGACCUUGUGGAGCAAAAAUCAACCCUAGAAGAUCUGCGCGAACAGAAACAAAGUAUCCUACCUCGAAUAAACCUGCUAGACAAGGAACUGGUCAAACAACAAGUGGGUCACCUGGAGCAACGCUGGGCUCAGCUUGAGGCUCUUAUCCAGCAGAAGAUCCUGGACUCCACACAAACACUAGAGGACCUGGCGCGGGUGGAAACACAGCUGAGGGAUGCCCGCGAGUGGGUGGAAGAGCAGCGACCCGCGCUCACCUCUGCCCUGAAAACCAGCCCGCCACCUGACCUUGCCCAGAGUUUCCUAUUUGACCACUUGAGCGUGUGCGUAGAGCUGGAGGCCCGUCAGCAGCUGCUGGGCCGAGCUUUGAGCGAAGCACAAGGUGUCGCCUCCAGGCUGGGGCUGAGCGAGAAGAGAAGUCUGCAGGAGCUUGUUGAACAAGCCCAGACUGAAGUGGAGGCUUUGGAGGCUCAAGUGGCCCAAAGGAGAAAGUACCUCAGCAAGGCCUUCACAGAGAGGACUCAGUUCCUUCAGGGUCUGGGGAGAGCGCUGUCGUGGGUACAACAACAAGAGAGGAAGGCCCUGAUAGAUGACCAUAUUGCACUCCUCCCAGAAGACCUCGCCAAACAGGCGUCUGCGUGUCGCAGCAUCCAGAGCAGUCUUCGAGCCUACCAGAGGGAGUUGGCAUCGCUUUGGGUUCAAGGUCGGGAGCUCGAAAGGGACGCCACGGACAAAGAGAGAGCAGAAACCUUGGCGAAACUCGAGGAGCUGCAGGCGGUAUUUGAAGCGUCUCUGCAGACAACCAGCCAGCGUGUCACAAUCUUGGACAAAGCCUUCACAUCCAGGAAGUACUUCCAGGUGGACCUGAACAAGACUUGUCACUGGCUGAGACACGCAGAAGCCAUCACCUUCCCGGAAAUCAGUCUCAGCGACAUAGAGGAUACCUCAGAACUGCAAGGACAUCUAUCCACCUUUCAAAAAGUCCUGGAACAAGCGUCAGAGAACGAGAACCUCCUUCUGAUCGUGCAAAGGAUAGGCCAGGAGAUCCUUCCUACUCUGAACGAGAUUGAUCACUGCUACCUAGACGAGCGGCUCAACGCCCUCCCCCAACAGUACAACAGCAUCCUGGCGCUGGCCAAAGAGAAAAAAGACAGGGUUCAACAAAUAAUCAUAGAGAGGAAAGAAUUCAGCACUUUUUUUUAUAUGACUCGAAGCGCGGUGGAGAACCUUCAGGAGCAGUUUGACAAUCUGGAGAAGAAGACUAUCAGUAGCAACGAAGAGGAGCUUGUUUGUCUAAGGAGGGACUAUCAGAGAAUAGAUGAAGGUUUAUCCCACAUCAGCCAUGCGGUCAGAGAAGUUCAGGGUAAAAAUGAGGGCUUUCUCAGUACGGGCCACACCCACAGAGCUGAGGAAACACGUCAGCUAGUGUGCCUUCACAACACACUGAGAAGAAGAAAUAAUCAGAAACUUACAAAUUUGGAUGAUGCCUUGAAGGUAAUAGAGGAGCACAACCGACUAGCAAACAGCUUAGACCAGGAACUGAAGCUUGCCAAAGACAAUCUGGUUAGACUCAAGUCAGACAUAGAACUAGAUGCCACACAUAAAACUGCAGCUCUUUACGCGUUACUUGAACGUCUGGAUUGUGUAUUUUUAGAGGCCAAAGAAUGUAGCCAACAGACCGAAAGCCUCGACUUGAGGUUUGACCCCACAGCCUUUCAGGAGAUGACAUUCCUGCGUGACUCCCUGCAGUCGUUACGUUUGGAUGUGAAAUGCUGCACUGAAGAAAGCGAAAAGGACAUCUCACAAGACUUCUCGAAGGAGAUGGAGAAGAUGUCAGAAUGGCUGAAGGAUGUUAAAGGCGCACUCGGGGAGCCUGUACGCUUAACGGAAGCCAAAGUUGAGAGGUUGCAGGAGAAAAUGUGCAAACUGAGAAUCACAGAAGAGGAAGUGAAGAGCAGAUUGUGCAAGGUGGAUGCCCUGUUUAGCCAGGAAGUGCAAAUAUACUGCAGUAGACAGGAAAGUAUUCCAGCCCACGUGGAGGUAAAAGGAGAGGAGCUGAGGAUGCUGGGAGCUGAAGUUCUAAAGGAAAUUAACCAAAAGCAGCUGAGUCUGGAGCCAGCUCUUGGUGUGGUCCAGAGGCACCACUCAUCUCUGCAGUCCAUGCAGAAACACCUGAAUCUCACAGCGGAUUGCCUUCAGAGUGCCAGCGUCGGAGUGGACCUUGAGCACCACACAGACUGGAUUAUGAACCUGGAAGAAACUGCAGCGCAGGAAAAGAAGUUUACGGCUGCCUUAGAGGAGAUGAGGACGACGGUGGAGCCCCUGUUGACGGACACUGCGAUGAUCCAACUCAGAGGAGAAGCUGAAGCCGUGCAGCUGAGGAGCACAGAAAUCAAACAGCAGUUGGAGGCCUUCAGAGACAUUCAUGAAAGGUCUGCGUCUCUGUGGGGCUCUAUCCAACAUGAGAGAGACCGGCUGGUUGAACAGAUGAACGAUGUGGGAAGCAAGAUGGCCUCGUUUUCCACCGCUAAAGCGGACAGUCUCCAGCAGGCAGAAGACAAGUGUGAGAAAUACAAGUCUUUGGCAACUCACACCGACCUUCAGGAGUUUGCUCUCAACGCUCUGAAAGAGAAGGCGGCCGAGUUAGAGCCACUCGUCACCAGGCCCGUCGCGGCCGUUGUUGUCAGCCAUGCUCUCUCGUCACUAUGGCAACGAUGGACCAAGCUUCGCAGUGUGGCGAGAACCCAGGAGAGGGCACUGGAGGACACUGCCAGGGAGUGGAGGAACUUCACACAAAAAAUGGAGAAAGUGCGUUCCGUGUCGGCGGACCUCCACGGCCGCGUCCCUGACAGCACGGUCGAGAAGGCAGCCACCAGGGCGGCGCUCCAGAGCCUCCUGGAGUACCACGACUCCUUCACCCUGGAUGUGGAGAGGGAGCAGUCCAUCCUGGCUCUGUUGGGGCAACACAUCCGCAGCCUCAGAGGAGAUGAGGAGGAGAUGGAGAAAGGCCAUCAGGAAUCGCAGUGCCUUCAAGAGAUCAGAAACAUGCAGUGCCAGUAUGACAGCUUGGUGGUACAGGUGCGUGCCAGCAGGGCUCAGGUGCACCAAGAGUUGAGGGAGCGAGAAGAUGUCGAGAAGGAGCUGGGCUUGGUCAAAGGUUGGAUUCAAGACACUCGAGGCUUGCUCUUGAGUCCCACCGCAGACCUGGACACUCUUUUGCAAGAGCUGGAGACUGCACACGGCGAGGUAAUCAGCCGACGUCAGAGCGUGGAGCGCAUGACAGUGCUGCAGCAGUCCAAAUACCAGGACCUCCAGGCGGGGCUGCCGUCGGAGCUCAGCAUGCAGCUGGCUGAGGUGGCUCUAGCUCUGGGUUCUGCUGAGGACCAGGUCCAGGCUAGAGAACGUGAGGUGCAGCAGACCCGAGACGUAAAAGAGGACUUCAGCUCCAGACUGCAGGACAUCGAGGCCAAGCUGAGGAGCAUCACGUCGAGAUUUGAAAUGAAGGGAGCCAACCUGGAGGAGGCCAAAGAGGAGACCAGGACUCUUCUGGAAGAGUGUGAAUGCUGCGCUCACACCCUGGCUGAAUUAGCUGCGGCCGUGCAGGAGUUUAGUGAGCAGAACCCUCUCCUGUGCAAGCAGCUGGGCGACGCCGUGGCCAAAAUGGCCCAAGUGCAGCGCCACACCACACAGCAGGUCCAAGACCGCAGCAACAAACUGAAGAAGGCAGAGAAGCAGAUGCAGGAAUAUCACAGUAUGAAGGAAUUUAUUUUGAGUUGGAUUGAAAAAGCGCAGACUCUGGUGACUGGUAACGUCAUCUGGAACCCAGUAUCUCAGCUACAGGAGCAAAUCAGAGCAUAUCAGGCGUUGCUGCGGGAGUGUCGAGGUCUCCAUGGUGACUUGGAGGCCAUGGCAGAGAGGGAGGCGCAGUUGGGGGAGGUGUUGACAACUAAAGGGAGGAGCCAGCAGGUGAAACACCUCAGCAGACGCACCGAGGAGCUUCAGCUCUCGGCCAAGACUCGGCUGCAGAGUCUGCAGGAUGCCGCCAAGGACAUGUUGCGUCUGGAAGCCGAGGUGAAGAGCCUCCACGCUGCAGUGGACCAGAUCCAAGUCACGCUGGCCUCCCCGGAUCUCAACAGGCUGAGUCUGCGAGAGCAGCUCACACAGAGACAACGUUUGUUGGCGGAGAUGGAUGGCUUCAAGCGGCAGGUGGCGGCUGUACAGCAGUGUCAGAGCGACCUCCGGCUUCCUGAAGAAGUAGUGGCAGGUCUUCCUGUGUGCCGCACAGCGCAGAGCCUGCAGCAAGAAACCAGCCAGCUGCAGCAUACAACCAUCCAGCAGUGCAAUAUCCUGCAGGAGGCUGUGGUGCAGUAUGAACAGUAUGAAGUGGAGGUGAAGAACUUGCAGAGGUUGAUAGAAGAAGCCCACCGCAUCAUUCAGGACCGACCCGUGUGCACCAGCAACAUUCAGGAGCUUCAGGCUCAGAUACAGCACCAUGAGGAGCUAGCCCAGAAGAUCCGUGGCUACCAGGAGCAGAUCGCCUCGCUCCACUCCAAGUGCAAGAUGCUGACGGUGAAGGCCAAGCACGCCACCAUGCUGCUGACAGUCAGCGAGGUGGACGGCCUCUUGGACGGCGUGGACGAGCUGAGCGACGAGGAGCUGCCGAGCGCCGGGGCCAGCGACAAGCAGCUUCCUGCGCACCCCUCUGUCGUCAUGAUGACAGCAGGCCGCUGCCACACGCUCCUCUCCCCUGUGACAGAGGAGUCAGGGGAGGAGGGCACCAACAGCGAGGUCUCCUCUCCCCCUGCCUGCCGCUCCCCCUCCCCUGGGGCUAACGCUGACGCUCCUCUUAACCAGGGUCGAGGCGGUCUAAGUCGAGUCCCCCUGCAGGAACUCUACGACCCGUCUAUGGAGAGCAGCGCUGCCAACCUGGAUGACCUGCAGAGAUCUUGGGAAACACUCAAGAAUGUGAUAAGCGAGAAGCAGAAGAGUCUGUAUGAAGCCCUGGAGCGACAGCAGCAUUACCAGGAGUCCCUCCAGUCCAUUUCUACCAAAAUGGAGUCCAUCGAGGCGGCGCUUAGCGAAGGCCUGGAGCCCAACAAGAGCCCCGAAAGCCAGAUGGCGACACAUCAGGCUCUGAUGGAUGAGAUCCUGAUGCUGCAAGAUGAGAUCGGGGUGCUGCAGACACGUUUCUCGGAAGAGCUGCUUGACAGCGACAGUAACGCAGAGGCUGCUGACCAGCUGGCUCUGCAGUCCACACUCACUGUGCUGGGGGAGAGAAUGGCCACCAUUAGAAUGAAGGCUUCUGGGAAGCGCCAGCUGCUGGAGGAGAAGCUCAGCGAGCAGCUCGAGGAGCAGCGACAGGAGCAGGCCCUGCAGCGUUACCACAGCGAGGCAGAGGAGCUCGACCACUGGCUGCUCAGCACUCGUGCCACCCUCAGCUCGGCGCUUCAGCUUCAAAAUGAAGACCUAGACAUGGAGGAGCAGCUCAUUGACUGCCAGAACAUGCUAUUUGAAAUCGAGCAGAAGGUGUCGUAUCUCUCUGAGCUGUCGGUGCACAGCGAGAGCUUACUUUUGGAGGGACGGGCCGAGACCAAGGGUGAGGCGGAGCAGCUCACUUUCAAACUGCGCUCUCUAAAAGACAGCCUGCUGGAGCUGCAGCAGAUGUUGCAAGACAAGCAGGUGGACAUACAGGGUUCUUUGCAGGAGCAGGAUGACAGUGAGCCAGACUCGACGCUUUCGCAGAGCCCCAACGUGCAGGAUUGGCUGUCUCAGGCCCGUUCGUCACGCACACAGCAGCAUCAUGACAACCUGCUCCGCCAGAGAGAGCUGCAAGAGCAUGUUGCUGAGCAGAGGAGGUUGCUUCAGUCUGUAGCCAGUGUUGGGGAAAACUUACUCAGUCAACAGAUCACACCAAAUGGGGACAGUGAGGUGUCUCUUCCUGGGGGAGUGUUGCUGGAGACGGAGAGCCUGUCUCCCGUGGACCAUUUGAGACAACGUUGGGAGAACCUGAACAAAGAUCAGAGUACCAAGCUGCAGCUGUCACUCAACACACUGGAACAGGACCAGUUUAGCCUGAUCAUCCACCGGUCCCGUCUGACUAGUCCUAGCAUGGUGUUCAGGGGCGAGCCCAGCAGCCAGGACUCUCACUCGCCCACGGCUUUAUUUGAGGCCUGCAGCCAGACUCUGGAAAGAAUUGCUGAGGAGGCAGAGAGCGGUGACAGAAAGAUGGCGCUCUUGUCAGUGGGAACCACACUCCAACAGACGCUGUACACCGCCGUGUCAGCAGCAUCCACCUGGUUGGACGCUGCUGAGAAUGAGAUGCUCUCCGGACCUGUGCUGCUGUCUGAAGACACGGAGACGCAGCUGACAAGUCUCGAGUGCACAAAUAAAGAUCUGAAGGACAUGAACAGAGAGGUGAACCAGUGCAGAGACCUGCUGGGUGGAGGAGCAGGCCGCCUGUGUGGAGGGGAGGAACGAGCCUUAAUGGAGGACACCCUGGAGGGUCUGCAGGAGAGGAUGGGGCUGCUGGACUCCACCCUUGAACAGCACUGUGACACCAUGAGGGACAGACUCCAGGAGCACUUAAACUUCCAGAAUGAACUCCGGAUGCUGUUCACAGCUUUGAGCGGGAGUAAAGACAUGCUGCUGCAGAAGAUGGCUGCAACAGUGGAGCGGCCUGCUGCCAAGCAGAUCGAGACAUUAUCAGAGGUAGAGGACAGUCUGAGGGAGUUUGAGCAGAGAGUGACCGAGCUGAAAACCAAAGCUGAGGGACUCCAAUCUGACCGAAUCUCCCACCAGGAACUUCUCAAAUUACAGGACGCAUAUGAGGAGCUGCUGCUCAUGGUGGCCUCCAGGCGCAGCGGCCUGAAUCGAGCCUUGGCGCUGAAGGCUCAGUACGAAGCCGCGCUCCGUGACCUCACAGAUCUGGUGGACACGGCUCAAGACAAGAUGGCUGCAGACCAGAAGAUGACGGUAGCCUCUGUAAUUGAGGUCCAAAUGUUACUGGACAAACACAAAGACUUCUUCCAGAGUCUUGAAUGUCAUAUGAUCCUGACCCAGACCUUUUACAGUAAAGUGUCAGGUCUGGUGGCACAGCGGGAAAGCCAGAUCCUGGAGGAGACCAUGUCUUUAGCCCACAGUGUCCUCAAACAGGCCCACAGGAGGGGGGUGGAACUGGAGGGCAUACUGGAGUCAUGGAGCAGGCUUGUGGAAGACUACCAGGCUUUGUGUAGGCAGUUGGAGGCUGUGGAGUGCAGCAUCCCCACUCUGGGCCUGGUGGAGGAGACGGAGGAGAGACUCCAUGAGAGGAUCAGUCUCCACCAGCGUCUGAAGGCCAGUCUGACUGAGCAUCAGCCCCAACUGUAUCAGGUCCUGGAGGAGGGCAAGAGGCUUCUACUGUCUGUCAGCUGUCUCGACUUGGAGAACCAGCUGACCCAGCUGGGAGAACACUGGCUUUCAUCUACCACCAAAGUCAACAAGGAGCUCCACCGCCUUGACUCCACGCUCAAACACUGGAGCAGGUACCAGAGGGAGUCUGCAGAGCUGAGCCACUGGUUGCAGUUAGCUCUAGACAGAUUGGAGUUUUGGACAACCCAGUCGGUGACUGUGCCUCAGGAACUGGAAACGGUUAGAGACCACCUCUGUGCUUUCCUGGAGUUUUCCAAGGAGGUGGAUGCAAAGUCUUCGCUGCGUUCGUCCGUCCUGAGCACGGGCAACCAGCUGCUGAGACUGAAGAGAGUAGACACAGCUAGUCUGAGAACAGCACUGGGCCACAUCGACACUCAGUGGGCCGAGCUGCUCACUCGCAUUCCCGUUGUCCAAGAGAAGCUCCAUCAGCUGCAGAUGGAGAAGCUGGCGUCAAGGCACGCCAUAGUGGAGCUGAUAAGCUGGAUCUCGCUCAUGGAGAACAUCAUAGAUGAAGAUCAGGACCAAAUAGCUGCAGCUGUGGGCUCUGAGGUGGUCCAGAACUUCUUGCAGAAGUACAAGGGGUUCCGCAUUGAUCUGACCUGCAAGCAGCUAACUGUGGACUUUGUCAACCAGUCAGUGCUGCAGAUCAGCAGUCAGGACGUGGAAGGAAAACGGAGUGAUAAAACUGACUUUGCAGAGAGGCUGGGGGCCAUGAAUAGACGAUGGCAGAUACUACAAGGGCUCAUCGCGGAAAAAAUUCAGCAUUUGGAAGGACUUUUGGAAAGUUGGUCAGAGCAUGAAAAUGGAGUGCAGGCCUUGAAAACAUGGCUGACACUCCAGGAGGAGAAAUUAAAGAAGAGACACAGGAUUGAGGACGUAGCAUCGGUGCAGAAUGCACUUAAGGAUUGUCAGGAGUUGGAGGAAUUAGUGAAGGAGAAAGAGAAGGAUCUAGAGAAGGCAGAGGAACGAGGAAACGCUCUCAUCCAGGAUAAGAAAGGAGAGGCCUGCUGUGUGGUCAAAGAGACCCUCAAGGGACUGAGCCAGUCCUGGGCUCAUCUGGACCACAUGAUAAGUCAGAUGAAAGUGAGUCUGCGGUCGGUGCUGGAACAAUGGACCUUGUACAGACGAGCUUCGGAGGAGAUUAUUGGCUACCUGAUGGAGGGGAGGUACUGUGUGUCCAGGCUGCACCUUGUCAGUGGUUCUCUGGAGGCUGUGCAGCAACAGGUGGAGAGUCUGGAGAACCUGCAAGAGGAAAUGGACAAGCAGGAGAGCAGUCUGCGCAAGUUUGGCUCUGUCACACAGCAGCUCCUCACAGAGUGCCACCCGUGUGUAGCUGAAACACUUAACAGAGCCCUGCGGGAUGUCAACAUAAGGUGGAACGACCUACUAGAGCAGAUCUCGGAGCAGCUGAGGAGCAGCAAGGCCUUGCUGGGGCUGUGGCAGCACUAUAAGGAACUGUAUGGUAGUUGUGUGAAAGCAGUGCAGAAGCAGGAGGAGCGUGCUGACCGCCUGCUCAAGAGCGCCACCGACAGGGACAUCACUCAAGAGGAGAGCACUUCCUGGAUAAAGGACUGCAAUGAGUGUCUUGGUGAGCAAGAGUUUGUGCAGCAUUCCCUCCAGCAGCUGCAAGCAUUGGGAGAGCAGCUGAGGACCAGAGUUGAUGCCUCCUCGUUUGCAGCCCUCCAGUCAGAUCACAUGUCCCUGAGGCAUCGCCUCUUAGCGCUGACACACGCCCUCCACAGGCAGCAGGAGUUACUGCAGUCUGGAUGCCGGGCCUGUGAGGGCUUCAGGGAACAAUUGGACAUGCUUGUCCAUACGGCUGCUGAGGCUGCAGAAGUGUUGAAGGAGUCUGACCAGCUUGGCUCGCCAGCGCUUAGUGAGAUACAGACACGUAUGGGCAAACUGAAGGCUCCUCUCUCCAAGCUGAGCAGCCUCUCUCCAGACCUGGAGCGCGUUAAUGUGCUCAUGUACAGACUGCCAGUCAGCGACAGAGAUCUGAAGCGUCUGCAGAGUCUGAACAGGGCGUGGGCGUCCCACUUGGCUCACCUCAGUGAGCGGUUCAGUAAACUACAGGCGUUGCUACUCCUGCACCAGAGCUUCCUGCAGAAGUGCGAAGCCUGGAUGGACUUCCUGUCUCAGACUGAGCAAAAACUGGCUGGGGAGAUCUCAGGCAAUCAUGAGCGUCUGCUAGAACAACAGCGAGACCAUGAGUUGUUCCAGGCAGAGAUGUUCAGCCAACAGCAGAUUCUUUACUCCAUUAUCAGCGAUGGCCAUCGUAUGCUGGACCAGGGACAAGUGGAUGAUGGAGACGACUUCAGUGUUAAGCUGGCCUUGCUGGCUAAUCAGUGGCAGGGUGUGGUGAGGCGGGCCCAGCAACGAAGAGGCAUUAUUGACAGUUUGGUCAACCAGUGGCAGAACUACCACGAGAUGUCUGAAAAGCUGCUGCGCUGGCUGCAGGAAGUGUCUCGCGACCUGGACGUGCAUCAACCAGGAGGAGAACCAGUCGCUCUGCAGCAGGCUAGAAACCUGCUAGACCAGAUACAAACUCCCUUAGUUAACCACUACCCCCUCAGUCCGCUCUCCUUCUCCUCGCUCUUGCAGUUGAGAGAGCGCGUCCUCCAGAGGCAGCAAGGAGGCUACAUUGUGACGGUGGAGGCCGGCAGAAGCUUGCUGCUGUCGGCCGACGCCCAGGCCGAGUCCAUGCUGCAGACAGAGCUGAUGGAGAUCCAGGAGCGGUGGAGACACGCCCACCAACGCCUGGACCAGCAGAGGAAGGAGCUGCAUGGUCUGCUCAAGAAUUGGGAGCGAUGCGAGAAAGGCAUCGACGCCUCGCUGGAGAAGCUGAGGGCCUUCAAGAGGAAACUGUCUGCGGCGCUGCCUGACCACCACGAGGAGCUACACUCGGAGCAGAUGAGAUGCAAGGAGCUGGAGAGCAGCGUAGAGGGCUGGAGCGAUGACCUCACAUCCUUGUUCCUCCUGAGGGACUCCUUGGUGGGCGUGGUGGGCAACGAUGACAUCACUGUCCUUCAGGAACGCCUCCAGCUUCUCCAGCGCCAGUGGGAGGAGGUGUGCCAUCAGCUUUCCCUGCGCCGGCAGCAGGUAUGCGAGAAGUUGAACGAGUGGGCGGUGUUCAAUGAGAAGAACAAGGAGCUGUGCGAAUGGCUCACGCAGAUGGAGAGCAAAGUCUCUCAAAAUGGGGACAUCAGCAUUGAGGAGAUGAUCGAAAAGCUGCGCAAGGAUUACCAGGAAGAGAUCGGUGUUGCUCAGGAGAAUAAGCAGCAGUUGCAGCUCAUGGGAGAGCGCUUAGCCCGGGCCAGCCAGGACAACAAAGCAGCGGAUAUACAACACAAACUCAAUAAGGUCAGCGAGCGGUGGCAGCACCUGCUGGACCUCAUUGCCGCCAGGGUGAAGAAGCUGAGGGAGACCCUUGUGGCGGUGCAGCAGUUAGACAAAAACAUGAGCGGCCUGCGCUCCUGGCUGGCUCACAUCGAGACCGAGCUGUCCAGGCCCAUUGUGUACGACACGUGCGACGACCAGGAGAUCCAGAGGAAGCUCAACCAGCAGCAGGAGCUGCAGAGGGACAUUGAGAGGCACAGUACAGGCGUGGCUUCCGUGCUGAACCUGUGCGAGGUGCUCCUGCACGACUGCGACGCCUGCUCCACCGAGACAGAGUGCGACUCUAUCCAGCAGGCCACCAGGGGUUUGGACCGACGCUGGAGGAACAUCUGCGCUAUGUCCAUGGAGAGGAGGCUCAAGAUUGAGGAGACAUUGAGGUUGUGGCAGAAGUUUUUAGACGACUACUCACGCUUUGAAGAGUGGUUGAAGACUUCAGAGAGAACAGCCGCCAUGCCCAACUCCUCUGGCGUCCUCUACACUGUUGCAAAAGAGGAACUCAAAAAGUUUGAGGCUUUCCAGCGCCAAGUACAGGAGUGUUUGACCCAGCUGGAGCUGAUCAACAAGCAGUAUCGACGUCUGGCCCGCGAGAACCGCACCGACUCAUCCUGCCACCUCAAAGAAAUGGUGCAUGAUGGGAACAGGAGAUGGGACAAUCUUCAGAAAAGGGUGGCGGCCAUCCUGCGCCGACUCAAGCACUUCAUCAGCCAGAGGGAGGAGUUUGAGACGGCUCGGGACAGCAUCCUGGUGUGGCUGACUGAGAUGGACUUGCAGCUCACCAACAUCGAGCACUUCUCCGAGUGUGACGUCCAUGCUAAGAUUAAACAACUCAAGGCAUUCCAGCAGGAGAUCCACUUGAACAUGGGCAAGAUUGAGCUGGCGUUCAAGCAGGGCGAUGGUCUGAUUGAGAAGAGCGAACCUCUGGAUGCAGCUGUGAUCGAAGAGGAGCUGGAGGAGCUGCAGAGGUACUACCAGGAGGUCUUUGGACGAGUCAACAGAUACUACAAGAAGCUUACACGAUUACCUCUCGUGGACGACGAGCUUGACAGUUCAGACAGAGAGCUGGACAUGGAGGAGGGUGGCGACCUCUCCGAGCUGCAGUGGGGCGACUCAACACCUCCACGAACCUCCAGCCGACCGCCUUCUGGGGCGACCACCCUCAUUCGCACAGACCGCUCAGGCCGGGACACCCCAGCCAGUGUGGACUCCAUUCCGUUGGAAUGGGACCAUGACUAUGACCUGAGCAGGGGUCUGGAGAGCCCAGGAGGGCGGAGUCACAGGGAGAGGAACCGAGGGCAAGAGGAGGAGGAAGAGGACGAGUAUCUGAGGACGGCUACUGCAGUGCUGUCAGAUGUAGUUAUUCCCGAGAGUCCAGAGGCCUAUAUAAAACUGACUGAGAACACGUUGAAAUCGUCCUCUGGUGAGCCAGCACAGCUGGAGGCCAGUCUCAGACAACUGGAUCAGGUUUUGGAUGCAGGCCGAUACCACCUGCAGGCGAGAGAGGACGCCGCCAAUCGUUCCACUCCUGACGCUGACUCCACCUACAUGGGCUAUAUGCGUCUGAUGGGCGAGUGCCGUGGCAGCAUAGACGCAGUGAAGCGAGCUGAGGAAGAACUCACAGAGGAUGAAGAUGAAAUGCCAGGACUCACCAACCCGACCAGCGCAGACAGUCAGAGCUCAGGUGUGAUCAAGCGCUGGGAGCUGAUCCAGGCUCAGUCCCUCAGUGAAAAACAUAAGCACAAACAGAACCUGCAGCAAUGGCAGCAGCUGAUCUCAGACCUGCAGACCAUGCGUGCCUGGCUGGGUCAGUGCGAGGCAGAACUGGGCCAGCUGCGAGGCCUGGAGGUCCGCACGGACAUCCACAGCAUCCAGCAGAGGAUCAAGAAGCUCAGGGAGCUGCAGAAGGGGAUGGACGCCCACAAGUCGGAGGUGCUUUCCAUCAACUUGAGCAGCGCCAGCUUCCUCCAGUCGGAGCCCGACUCUGAGGAGGCGUGGGAGCUGAGGGGUGGUCUGAAGGAGAUGAACACACACUGGGAUCGCCUGGGCGCCUUACUGGAGGAGUGGAGAGAGGAUCUGCAGCGUGCUCUCAUGCAGUGCCAGGAGUUCCACGAGAUGAGUCAUGGUCUGCUGCUAUGGUUGGAGAACAUCGACCGCCGGAGGAACGAGGUGGUGCCCGUGCCUCCAAACCUCGAGUGUGAAACGCUACAAACUCGUCACAGGACACUAACACAAAUCAAGCGUGAGCUGCUGGACUCUCAGCAGAAGGUGUCGUCCCUCCAGGAGCUCUCAGCUCAGCUGCUGGUCAGUACGGCAGUGCCCACGACGACGACUCUCCAUUCCGCGGGCGGCGAGUGCCUGGAGGCCCGGGAGAAGGUGCAUGUGAUCUGGAACAGGCUGCGUCUGCUCCUGCGGGAGGUCGACUAUGAUCUGGAGGGUCUGCACAGGCGACUGGAGGCCAUGAGCACGCAGCAGAAUUUCAUUCCCAUACCUGCUGGCAAAUGUGACAUGACUGCUGCUCUUCCUGCGUCUGAUUCAACAAACAUCCAACCUUGCAGACGACUGCCUCGAGGCAAAAGUAGUCAGGCCCACCCCGGACCCCCUGAGAGCAGCCCCCGCCACAGCCGCAGGAGGUCACCCGGCGCCGCUGGCUGCGUUUCCUCCCGUUCUGACAUUUUGGACGGUGCCUCCCCGCCAUCCUCCUCCCCCUCUUCCUCCAAGGGUCAGUCCUUCCUGCAUCGUGUACUGAGGGCUGCACUCCCUGUGCAGCUGCUCCUCCUGCUCCUCAUCGGACUGGCCUGCCUGGUGCCCAUGAGCCAGGAGGACUACAGCUGCCACCACGCCAACAACUUUGCCCGCUCCUUCCAUCCCAUGCUGCGCUACACCAAUGGACCUCCACCUAUAUAGCUGCCUCGCCCCCUAUAUUGCUUUGCCAAGGACUCGUAUGAAUGUGCCCUUUUUCACCCUGUGCCCUACAGCAACAAGCUCUGUCCCCUGCUGGGAUGCACCAUUAUGACAACGAGCCCUUUAAGUAAUAAUGGACCUUUAUGUGGAAAAUCCAAAUAUUUUUUUGUUUAUCUUAAAUGUGUAUAUGAGUUUUUAAGUGAUAUCAAUAAGGGGGAAGAAAGCACUCUUUAUCCACACUGACUGAUGGGAACCAAAGUCGUCCGCUAUUCCCAGUGCUGCUGCUAUUUAUUGAGUUGAAGAUUAUUCGUUUGAACAAAGCUCAAGUGUUUAAGGAUUAUGGUCCAGAAGAGAUUGAAUGAAUAAACAGCUGAGUAAAUAUAAAGCAAUGACGCUAUUACGAUUACAUUAUGGUCGUUUAUAUACAGACACUGCGAUAUUCGUAAAAUACCCGGAUAUACGAUACUUCCAGGUUGAAAAUCCCCGGAUGUAAUAGUCCUCACGGAUACAAGUACCCGGAUGUAUUUUUGAGCGUCAGUUUGUUAGUUCCCACAAGAUUGUUGACGCGACGUUGUCAAGUUCAUUAGCCUUCUAAUUACCUAAAUAUUUUUUCUGGACUAGAUUUGUCAACUUAAUUCCUCUCUGGUUCUUACCAUCUUUGUUGUGAGAACCGUCUGAGCGCUCGUUGUGAGAAGGUACUGCACUGACUGAUUGACUGACGCCUUUGAGCCAACAUGGCCGACUUCUCCCCACCAAAAGCUAAAGCUUGUAUUUCAAUUUGUUUUUAAAUUAUUACCAGUAUUUAAACAAUUGGGGCGAUAAAGAUUUUUUUCUGUUACAUUUCUGUUAUUGUUGAAUACAGGCUGUGUUAUAUAAAUAUAUAUAUUUUUAAACAUUUCUGUUUGAGCAUGAACUUGGAAGCCCCAAAGCCAAACAAUCACUGGUUGUGUAGCUGUAGAUUUAAUAGUCAUCAUAAUAAUAAUGUGCUUUGUUAUAAUGAUUAAAAUUAUGAUUCCUAAGUGAUCAACAUCACUACCUUAUCUUAACACAAUGUGUAAAAAAUGUUCUGAAAAUUGUUAAUGUUUGUACAGUUUGCUAAUGCUGAAUUCUCUUUGCAGAUAAUAAAACAUGAAAUAUUUAACACUGUGUAAAUUCACCACUUCAUAGUGAAUCCAUAGAUUAACUCUGGUAAGUAGAGGCUUCAUAGUAUGUAUACAUUUUGAGGCAUACGCAGAGUUGCAAAUGGUUAUUUAUUUUCUACAUUUUUUCUCCAGUUCUAUAUAUACAUUCCACUUACCUACAGAAAUAGUGUAAAUCUUUUUUAAAAAGACAAAAAUCAAUGUAGGACACAUACACUGCUGUAAAAGAUAAAUUAACCCGCCAUGGGUUAAUUUUUCCAUUGGUCAUUUCUAUUUUGUUCCCAAUGCAUUCCGCUA